CCGCGCAGCCCACCCACGCCCCGGGCAGGAGACUGGGGCCGACGCGGUGCUGCUGCGCCUCCUUCUCGGGGGCUUGGGGCUGGGGUCGCUACCUGCCCGCGCUGGGGGCUCACAGCCUGGGGAGCAGGAGGCUGCAGAGGGGAGCCGGAGACCCCCGCCCUGCAUCGCACUGAUCCGGGCUGCUGCUGCAGGAAGUGACCAUGGCAGGGCUGCACGAGCUGCGAUUCACCGAGGAGAAGCCACUGCUGCGAGGCCAGGAUACCGAGCUCGAGCAUUCGGAUACGUUCCUUUCUGCGGUGGACACGGACUGGAAGGAGCAUGAUAUUGAGACCCCAUACGGGCUGCUGCAUGUGGUCAUUCGGGGGUCCCCAAAGGGAAAUCGCCCAGCCAUCCUGACCUACCAUGAUGUUGGACUCAACCACAAGCUGUGCUUCAACACAUUCUUCAACUUCGAGGACAUGCAGGAGAUCACCAAGCACUUCGUGGUGUGUCACGUGGAUGCCCCAGGGCAGCAGGCCGGAGCGUCGCAGUUCCCACAGGGGUACCAGUUUCCAUCCAUGGACCAGUUGGCUGCCAUGCUCCCUAGUGUGGUCCAGCAUUUCGGGUUCAAGUACGUGAUCGGAAUCGGCGUGGGAGCAGGAGCCUACGUCCUGGCCAAGUUUGCUCUGAUCUUCCCAGAUCUGGUGGAAGGGCUGGUCCUGAUGAACAUCGACCCCAACGGCAAAGGCUGGAUUGACUGGGCAGCCACCAAGCUUUCUGGCCUGACCAGCUCUUUGCCUGACACCGUGUUGUCUCACCUGUUCAGCCAGGAAGAGCUGGUGAGCAACACGGAGCUGGUGCAGAGCUAUCGGCAGCAGAUCGGGAGUGUGGUGAACCAAUACAACUUGCAGCUGUUCUGGAACAUGUACAACAGCCGCAGAGACCUGGACAUUAAUCGGCCCGGGACUGUCCCCAAUGCGAAAACGCUUCGCUGCCCCGUCAUGCUGGUGGUGGGGGACAACGCGCCUGCCGAAGAUGGGGUGGUGGAGUGUAACUCCAAGCUGGAUCCAAUCAACACCACGUUCUUGAAGAUGGCCGACUCUGGGGGGCUCCCACAAGUCACACAGCCUGGAAAACUGACCGAAGCCUUUAAGUACUUCCUGCAAGGGAUGGGUUACAUUGCGUACUUGAAGGAUCGGAGGCUGAGUGGAGGAGCAGUGCCCUCGGCCAGCAUGACCCGGCUGGCCCGCUCCCGCACUGCCUCCCUCACCAGCGCCAGCUCGGUGGAUGGCAGCCGCCCCCGGGCCUGCACCCACUCGGAAAGCAGCGAGGCCAUGGGGCAGAUCAACCACACCAUGGAGGUAUCGUGCUGAGGUCUCUGGUCCCUCCGCCGUCUCCUCCUCCUCCUCUUCCUCCUCCACCGGAGACAUUUAGCAUCGUUCUGCAUCGAGUCACCAUCCAAACGGCCAUCCUGUUCGGCUCCCAACAGUUACCGUGUUGGGGUUUCUUUUUCUUUCUCGUCGGGUUUUUUUUCCCCCCUUUUAAUAUUGCAUAAAAAGGGGAGAGGGGAAGCAUCAUUGUAAGACCGACGGUUCAGUCCACCUCUAGCUGUAGCUGCAACUUUGAAUUAGUGACGUUGUCCUGUUGUCAGUCAAGCAGUAACAAAUCUCUCCACCGGUCAGGCCCGUAGGGUUCUUCCAUGCAGUUGGUUGGGAGCGGCUCCUGAGAGGAGCCCUUGGCAGAGGCAAUGGGUGUUGGCUCCGCCCAGCCGCUUACGUAGCUUGUUAGCCAAAGGCUCGGUUUCCUAAGGUCACCAAUGGGAAGUGUCAGCGAAUUGGCCAACGGCAGGAAAGCUCAAGCAAGCACGUAAUCCCGUACGUGUCCAUAGUAACCGAAAGGCUCAUCACAAUUCUUUCGCAUGAGGUGGGGUGUUCAUAACAAUCUGGGUUGGUUUGUUUAAAUAAACUGCUAAGAGUUAAAUGUAGCAUGGCCCCCCUUCCAGUGAUCACCACAGUCUUUUUUUUUCUUCUCCGAUUGACCUGCCCCUGGGAGAAUUGAACCUAGGAUCCCAAGAGCUAAAAGCAAGAGUCCCUACCACUUGAGCUAAAAAGACCGCCUCAAUUAGCCAUAGUACACUCCUAAAGUGCUAUAAAUGGUUCAGCCACUAGAGGGGGACAAAGACCCACACAGUAUUUACAUGGGGUUAAACACUCUAUGUUGCUGAGUGUCAUUGGGUAGCGGUACCCAGGGUGGGGUCCAUGCAUCAUUGGGUUAAUGUGGGAGAUGGGGAGGAAGAAACAAAAAGGGCUUGAGAAAUCCUGGUUUUAAAAUGUCGCUGCCCACGGGGAUUUAAUCUUGGUCAUGCUGAAAACUAAGCAUUUGCCAAGCCAUGGAAAGAGCAAUGUGAAAGGUAGCUGCUCUGCAGAAUGGCUCCCUGGGCCCUUCCUUCCUAGCCCUCUGGCCUGUCCAUCCAAAACAGGAAGUAGAAUUGUUUUAAGGCAGGAAGUGACAUGUCAUGAGGACUGGGCAUUAGCCCCUCCCCUACAAGACACCAACACCCAAAUGCUGCUGGGGUGAGAUCUGUAAAAACAUAUAAUAAAAAUAACAAUGCCCCAAGAAAUACCUGCACUAAAUGAGACCUAGCGAUCUCUGCCCUUUCUGGUUCCCAAAAAGGGCGCAAGUCACAGGAUCUUAAAUUUGCCCCAGACGCAUUUAGAAACAAUGAAUAGUUGCGCAUGGGCCAGUGCUAUAAACUAAGCUCCCUGGUGCUCCAUGGCAGGACGGAGCCCAGGGCUGCCCGUGCGUGCGCUUGUGACUCGUGCACACACACGUCCCCUUUACAAUUGUUUUUUGCAGGAAGGACAAUCAACGACCGUAACCAAAAACAGACUAAACUCCUCAGCAGUCUCUGCGCCUCCCCCUCCCUCCCAUGCCGAUCCAAGGUUCAGAAGGGUAAAGCUCCGGCCCGGCUCCCGGCAGUGCUGCCAGGGGCUAGAGAAUGGAGGAAACUAACGCGGGGGGCGGUUGGUGGCGAUUUCCAUGCCAGGGCUGUGGCUGUGCAGGUUCCUUUCUCCCUCGCUUUGUGAGGCCUGUUCAUGCUCUCCAGAAAGGCUGUUAGAAGCAGACGCUCCAGAAACCUGUAGGAAGAGUGCAAAGGCUCAGGGGCAGCUGCUAUUGUUCUGUUGGUGGGCGACUGUAGUAUUUACAGGCCACGUGCUGGGGACAGCCUGCCCAAGGGACAAAAGCAGGGCCAGGGCUCGCCAGGGCUGAUUCCCGGCACCUCUAGCUUUGGCAGUUCAGAGCCCCGGCACUUACGAAAACAUUGCUUGAGCCCUGGAACCUCUUUCGUCACAAACUGAGCUCUGGACAAAAGCAUCUUCCAGGGUGUUUGUACAGCACCUGCCACAACUGGGCUAAGUUCUAGCCAACGGGUGAUGCAUCUUUAUGUGCCUGGGCCAUGACUUCAUUGGGUGUUGUGUGCAUACCACAAGCAGGCGGCAUGGCCUCCAGAAAUGCGCCUCUCCCGCUGACCGUGUGUCUUUUACUAGCUGAAUUAAGUCAGUAAUUUGUCCCGGCUCGUUCUGUUUACUGUUAGUCUAGGUGAAUUGGGCUUUGAACUUGGCCUCCUGUGCCCACUGCUAGGCAGGCGUGACGCCUUGUUUCUCGGCGUUGUGCCAGUGUUGUUGUGGUUGGCACAGUGGACUCAGGGCAAGUGGGUACCAGCUUUCCCGGGGAUAUUUGAGUCUGCGUCAGUCAGUGUUUUGCUCCCCAGAUUCUGGUGGGAAUCCCAUUGGAAACCCCCAGAGCCAACACCUCUUCCCACACGCCCCAUUCUCAUUGUGUCGGACUCAUUUGUCGCUCGGCGUUCCACGCUGAGCGGCUGUCCAGGGCUUGGUUCUCCCUCAGUGUUGUGGCUCGAUCCGUUCCGAGUUGGUGAAGUUCCUACGUGUCUGUGAUCUGUCACGAGGGGCUGGGGCUGAGUGUGGUUUGGGUCUGGUGCACAGGAUGUGAAUGCAAAUUGCAUUGUAACAAAUCCAGGUCUCUGUGCUGUAUGGCGGCUCAGAAUGUCAUGGAGACAGUGGGGAACUGAACACAGAUCCUCUUGUUCCAAAAGCCCAGCCCUACCCACUCGAGCUAAAGGAGAAUCUCUGUGAGCUGUUAGCAGUACAGGGCCCAUGACAUGCAGCUGAGCAUUUUUUAUUCCAUCCAGUAAAUGGCUUUUAGCCAGUUUGUUCCAGGGUUUACUAGUUGGUGUGUUGGGAGUGGAAAUUUCCCUAGUCUCACCUGUCGAUGGGAUUCCCUUGGUUGUCAGCGGCUUGUAUGCGGAGGGUGAGGAGUGCUUGGGCGGGCGUCUGGGGUAAGGGGAGCUACGUUAUCAUGUACUUUGUAUGUAAGGGCUGCCUAAACUUCAUGUUAGCCCCGCAGGGUCACCUGGCUGUGGGGCCAAAACGCCGUCCCAGCAUCAGCCCGCGUGCAGUUCCUCUGCCUGGCUCUAGAACCAGCCCUGGGGGGCAGGGAGAGAAACAAGAGCUGACCUUACACAUUCCCAGGAUCAGCCACCGUCUCCUUCCACCAGGUCCCAGGCAGAAGUGAGUCGCCAAGGGAGGCCACAAUCCAGUGGGCCCAGGCGUGCGCCAUGCCCGCAUGGGAGUACCAUAUUUUCUAUGUCAGGACGAGAACCCUUCCCUUCCUGUAGCAUUGCCCCUGGGCCAGAGGAGGGGGGAAAUCCAGCGGACUACAGAAGCCCAUGAGGAACACAUCUAGUGGCAUUCUGUGCCAUUUCAGCCAGUGAAUGCCAGCUCACUGCACUGGAAGGCUGCAGAGCCAGUUAAGAAGGUACCGAGCAUGCACCAUCUCAGAUGCUGGGUCUCCAGUCCCUUUGACCCACCCAACUUCCAUUCUGGUCCUUUGUGACCACACAGCCCCUACAGGACGCCUCAGCUGCCUGGCUUGCCACACUAGGAGCUGGAGGGAACAGAUCCAAAGCUGAUCAUACUAGCAGCAAGAAGAAAUUCUGUUAGAGAUAAAAAAGAGAGACAGCAUUAAACAUCCCGUGAUGUUCCAGACACACUGUCUCUUUCAUGCAUAUGCUAUCUAGGAGAGUGUGCGUCUCUGACCUCUGCUUACCGUAUGGAUAAAUACAGAACACACACACCACACACACAUAGUGCAUUUAAAUGGUAGGACAUCACCACAAGCAUUCUAGAAACUCUCUGUUGUGUAUUAGUUUGUCCCGGACUCUGUUUUUCUGUGUGCUUCCUUCUGAACAUUAAAUGUGAAUGUUUGACAGCUAGUAGGAAUUCUUUUUCCUGUAGAUACUGCUGCAAUUUUUCUUGAUUUUUUUAGUGUGUCCUUUCAGAUAAUAUAUAUAAAUACCUAUACAUAAUAUAUAUAUUGGAUUUUUCCCCCCUCUUUCUUUCGUUCUUGUAGCAACUGGUAACAAAUGUGUGGUUUUAACAUUUAAGGUGUUCUGGCUGUAAUUUUGUUCUGGGUUUGUUUUUAAGGUUUUGUUUUUUUUCCUGGUUAAGGUGGAAUUUACUGAAUUUCAGACUUCUGUAUGAGGUGAAUCCUUAUAUUUUUGUGCAUUAAGAUGGUUGAUGCUCAGAAAGUUGCAUUGAUGCCAUGGUAUUUACAGAUGACUACAAAAAUGUAAACUGGAACAAAAAAUGGUUGAUGUAGAAAGGAUUACUGUGUCAAAAACUAAUAAAGACAUUAAGAAG